UUCGAGACGAGGGGGGCGGAUUUGGGCUCUCCGGCGGUUCCUUUUCAAGUAGGGUCACGUGGCGGGGCCGCUGGCCCCGCCUAUGACGCAGGGGCUGCUGGGUAAUCUGCUGGGAGGCGAAGACGAUAGAGGUUGGCGGGGGAGGGUAGCUGAGACCGCAGCCCUCUCGGUUCAGCCCGGCCGAGCUCCCGCUUAGCGGUCAGCCGACAUGGAGAGGCGGGGGAGCUGGAGAACCGCUGCCGCCGAUGCCGCGCCUGUCCUUUCGCGGUGAGCCUCCGAGGCUUGCCCCUCCCUCGUCGGCGGCUGCUACUGCUUCUGGGGCCUGCCCGGCCUACCUGGCCUUCCCCACACCGGCCCGGUAGUGCCAGCACGGGAGAUGGUUGGGGUGUAGCGAGACAGUGGAGGGAACCUAGAAACAGCAAAGCUGAGAGCAUGCUACGGAGGAUGGACACCAAGGAGACUGUGUUGGGGACAGAAAGAAAGAAAAAUGAGCAACAUGAACCGUGAAGACCGGAAUGCGCUGCGUAUUAAAGAAAGAGAGAGACGUAAUCAAGAAAUUCAACAGGGUGAAGAAGCCUUUCCACCUAACUCUCCUCUCUUUGCUGAACCUUAUAAAGUUACCAGCAAAGAAGAUAAACUGUCUAGCCGUAUCCAAAGUAUGCUUGGAAACUAUGAUGAAAUGAAGGAUCUUAUUGGUGACCGGACCCUCCAGAAGCUUGUUGGAAUUCCCAAACCAACAGUACCAUCAACACCAGAUGAAAAAUCAAAUCAAAGUUUCUUUGCUGAUCAAAGACACAAUACUGGCUCUCAUCAGAGCAGCAAAUGGACCCCCGUAGGUCCAGCGCCUAGCACUUCUUCCCAGUCACAGAAGCGGUCCUCAGGUUUACAGAGUGGACAUGGUGGCCCGCGCAGUAGUGGUAGCACUACUAGUAGUAGUGGGCCAAGGCAUGACCGUGAUGCAUAUGGCAGUAGUGGGAGCAGCAGCAGCCGCAAAAAAACACAGCAUAGUUCAGAACACUCAAAGUCCCGUUCUUCCAGCCCUGGAAAGCCACCUGCUGUUUCUUCUCUGAACCCCAGCCAUUCCAGAUCUCAUGGAAGUGAUCAUCACAUCAAAGAACAUCAGCGUUCCAAAUCUCCACGAGAUCCUGAUGCCAGUUGGGACUCGCCUUCCCGUGUACCCUCAUUUUCUAGUGGACAGCUUUCUAGUCAGUCUUUUCCUCCUUCACUCAUGUCUAAAUCUAAUACAAUGUUGCAGAAACCCACUGCCUAUGUAAGGCCUAUGGAUGGUCAGGAGUCCAUGGAACCAAAGCUAUCUUCUGAACACUACAGUAGCCAGACUCAUAGCAACAAUAUGAAUGAGCUGAAACCUAGUAGCAAAGCACACCUGACAAAGUUGAAGAUUCCCUCUCAACCACUUGAUGCAUCAGCAUCUGGAGACAUGAGCAGUGUGGAUGAAAUUCUAAAAGAGAUGACUCAUAUUUGGCCUCCACCAUUGACUGCUAUUCAUACACCUUGCAAAACGGAACCUUCAAAGUUUCCAUUUCCAACAAAGGAGACUCAGUCUAAUUUUGGCACUGGAGAACAAAAAAGAUACAAUUCUUCAUCAAAAACCUCUAAUGGCCACCAGUCUAAACAAUGUGAAUCAAACCAGACAGAUGUGCUGAUAAAUGACUUGAAACUCAGCAGCAGUGAAGACAGUGAUGGUGAACAGGACUCUGAUAAGACAGUGCCAAGAGGUACACCUGGAAGUAAUUCUGAACCUUCCCAGCAUACAAGUGAAGGGGCAGAUAAUUCUAGGGAUGAUUCAAGCAGCCAUAGUGGAUCUGAGAGCAGUUCUGGAUCAGACUCUGAAAGCGAAAGUAGUUCCAGUGACAGUGAGGCCAAUGAGCCAUCACAGAGUGCAUCUCCUGAGCCUGAGCCACCUCCAACGAAUAAGUGGCAACUUGACAACUGGCUUAACAAGGUGAAUCCACACAAAGUAUCGCCAGCUUCUUCUGUGGACAGUAACAUCCCAUCAACUCAAGGUUAUAAAAAAGAGGGGAGGGAUCAGAGCGCAGGGGGUGGAUAUGCAGAUCAAAGUGGAGCUAAGGAUUCAAUUUCCUCUACUCCUGGAAGAGAUUUGAAAACCACCCAGAAAGGAUCAGAGGGCAAUCGUGGCAGGCAAAAGUCACCUGCUCAAAGUGACAGCAUGACUCAGAGGAGGACUGUAGGUAAAAAGCAGCCGAAAAAGACAGAGAAACCACCUGUGGAGGAACCCAGAGGGGGGUUGAAAAUUGAAAGUGAAACCCCAUUGGACAUGGCAACAAAUAUACCCUCUAACAGACAUAAGGCAGCCACAAAAGGCUCCAGAAAGCCCAAUAUAAAGAAGGAGCCCAAAUCCUCCCCUAGGCCUACAACAGAGAAAAAGAAAUGCAAGGUUCCAAACAAAUCAUCCCAGAAAUCCAAGGAAUUCAUAGAAACGGAUACCUCAUCCUCUGAUUCUGAUGAGAAUGAAAGCCUGCCUCCUUCAUCACAAACUCCCAAAUAUUCUGAGAGCAAUAGGACUCCUGUUAAACCCUCUAUUGAGGAGGAUGACAGCUUUUUACGACAAAGAAUGUUCUCUCCUAUGGAAGAGAAGGAACUCCUUUCACCACUCAGUGAUCCUGAUGAAAGGUUUCCUCUUAUUGUGAAGAUUGACUUGAGCCUCUUAACCAGAAUACCAGGGAAGCCUUACAAAGACACAGACCCAUCAAAAACUGAGAGGAAAAAUGUGUCUGAGAAGCAUCCAAGGGAACCCCAGAAAACAUCCUCUGACAAAAGUUCCACCAAGGGCAAGAGGAAGCAUAAAUUGUGUCAGAAUGCAGAAGAAAACAGAACCAUUGAAAGUAAGAAAACAAAACUAGAAGAAAAGCCUUCCUCAGCAAACAAGAUUUCCAGCAGUAGAGAGUCAUCAAAGCAAAGUGCUAUUAAAGAGAAGGAUCUUCUUCCUUCUCCAGCCCCUGCCUCGGUCAUCCAGAAAGAUUCCAAGCAAGAGCAUAGCUCUCGAAAGAGAACUAUCAGUCAGUCUUCUUCCUUGAAAUCAAGCAGUAACAGUAAUAAGGAGAGUAGCAGCAGUAAAAGUAGCUCAUCUAAACAAAAGAAGACCGAAGGGAAGGCAUCUAGUAAUGCUAAAGACACCAAGGAAAAGGUUUUAAAUAAUUCUUCAAGCUGCCCUUCGGCCUCCACCACAACUGCAGAUAGCUCAAAGUCCCGGAGAGCAAAGCUAGUGUUUGAUGACAGGACUUACUCAGCAGAUCACUACUUACAAGAGGCAAAGAAGUUAAAGCACAAUGCUGAUGCAUUGUCUGACAGGUUUGAAAAAGCUGUAUACUACCUUGAUGCUGUAGUGUCAUUCAUUGAAUGUGGGAAUGCGUUGGAGAAAAAUGCUCAGGAAUCAAAGUCCCCGUUCCCUAUGUAUUCUGAAACUGUGGAGUUGAUCAAAUACACUAUGAAACUGAAGAAUUACUCGGCACCGGAUGCUACUGCUGCAGACAAGAGGCUAGCAGUACUGUGUCUUAGAUGUCAGUCCCUGCUGUACUUAAGACUUUUCAAGCUGAAGAAGGAGAGUGCGUUGAAGUACUCAAAGACACUGACUGAACAUCUAAAGAACUCAUAUAAUAAUUCUCAAGCACCAUCACCUGGCAUGGGAAGCAAACCUGUCAGCAUGCCAUCUCCAGUCUCUCCGAAGCUGUCUCCAGGGAAUUCAGGAAAUUAUUCUUCAGGGUCAACCAACCCGACAGUGAGCACUUCUUCAGUGACUAUUCCACAGAGGAUCCACCAGAUGGCAGCCAGUUAUGUCCAGGUUACUUCCAAUUUUCUGUAUGCCACUGAAAUUUGGGACCAAGCUGAUCAGCUUGCCAGAGAGCAAAAGGAAUUCUUCGCUGAACUGGACAAAGUUAUGAGUCCUCUAAUCUUUAAUGCAAGUGUCAUGGCAGACCUGGUACGUUACACCAGACAGGGACUGCAUUGGUUGCGUUUGGAUGCCAAGUGAUAACUGGACUGAAGACAUCUAAAGUGUAGAAGAUACUUUUCUUGCUGCCUCUGGUUUUUUUUCUCCUUCCCAACACUGUGUCAUAAAAAUAAGGAAGACUGCCAUAAUGCAUUGCUUAGUGGAAACUAAGAUCAAGGAAUGCUUUCAUGUGUCUCCUAGCAUUAUGUGUGUGAAAACCUCCAAACCAUCAUGUUAAUGAACUUUUUUCAGUUGUCCCAUUUUUAAGAUAUUUAAAAAUAUUUUAAACUCUACAUCAUUUUAAUAUAAGAUGGAUUCAUUGAGCUGCAAUUGGAUUGGAAUUCUAGUAAUUAUGCCUAACAAAUCUGUUUAAACCUAUUUAUUUUUAGUUUUGUUUUUGAAAGCUCUGUUUGGGGGCUUUUUUAAAAGAUUUAGCUGUUUUUCCUAUAAAUUUACCCUAUCAAGUACUUAGCAAAGAUUAUAAAUGUAGACACUUUAUUUAAGUAUUUUGUGAGCUUUGUUAUUCUGUAAUGUCUUGUGGUGGUAGAGCUUGUAACAGAAAGUAAGGGUUGAUAGAUUAUAAAGUGUAGGGACACAUUUUCAUGAAUAUCUGAGUCAACCCCUAAAUGACAGCCACAGUUUUUUACUAUUGUACUACGUUCUAAGGAUAUUCUUCUAUACAUUAAGGCUUUUUAUUUAAGUGAAAAGUAAAAAUAUCUAUAUGGAAAAUUGGUUUCAAAACACAUGUCUUAACACUAACAAUCAGAAAACAUUACAGGAAGCUACAUUUAAUGCAAUAUUGAAGUGAUUUGGGUCACGUUGAGCUUCAGUCUCCAGGUGUGGUCCAGGAAUAGUUUCAGAUGGACAAUCUUGUGCUUUUAUGCAGCCUCUUUGGUUCCUUGCUUGUCACUGUAACAUGCUGAACCCAUGCUUCCUGUACGGAACUGAUGCUUUCCUCAUUUCCAGUGCUUAACCAGAAAAAUGCAAGCAGUGACUAUAAAAUCUGUGUCUUCUCUCAAACAUGAUUACAUAAUGGGCAACAUGGGGUAGAAAGUAGGCCUGUGAUUACUGGGAUGUUGUAAACUGUUGUGUCCAAUCCAUUUAAAAUCUUGCUUUUACCCCAUUUUAUAACAUCUUUGUUAAUGUUAAAUGUUUAUAAUGGGAAUAGAAUAUUAAUGUUUAAGGAAAUUACUGUGAUCAGCAAGAAUCAUGCAUGGAUUUCAAAGUGACUGCUUUAAGGUUACUAACCGAAGUACCUUUCCAUAGGAGGUGCUUGUCCGUCUAAAAGAAUAUUGCUUAGUGUCCCUAUCUUGUCUGGUGUGCCUUAUGCCUCUUUAGAUGGAUUUUGAGUACUGUUUACAAGAGCUUUUACACUUAGGACUUGGUAUACUGUAUCCAUUUGGUCUCCUGCAGUACUUUGGCAAAAUUCCACUUCCUUUUUCCUAAUACUAGUGGCUGUCAUUUGUUGACAAUACAUGUUGGUUGUCUUUUAGAGUCAAACUCUGAACCCCUUCAGUGUGGAAUUGUGGAUUGCUGCUUUACCUGCCCUUGUCCCUGAACCUUGUCCCAGAUGUGAACGUGCAUGUUCAAGAAAAUGAUUGCACUAAAUUUAUGUCUAGCUGUGUAGCUAUGUGCCAAAAUGAUGGCGAGCUUUGAAAGAAGGAAUAGAAUUCUACAUUAAUUAGUACUGCAGUGUGUCCUUGGGACACUGAGAGUUGAGGAAUACAUAAAUUAUAGUAACUUCACUAAACUCUAGAUUCCAUAUUCAUACAGAGGUGUAUCCUGAGAGGUGUACCUGAUACUCCCAGGGAUGCACAAGUUUGUACCCUACUAUUCUGGAUAAAUUCAUUUGGAAUUACUACCCCUAGGUUCUCUAUUCACAAUCCUUAAUCCUGUUUACUAUUGCACUCUAUGUACAAAAAUGUAUUUGGAAGAAUGCAGAAAGAAAAGUAGUCACAUCUGACUAUGUGCAUACAAAAAGAUGAUUACAUUACAUCAUAAAUGACAGCAUGAACUCUAGAAAGGUGCAUUAUAAGCAAACUGAAGUUUGAUUUAAAUGAUGGACAAAUCCAUACAGUAUAUCUGUAUUUAAAUGUUCAUAUUUCUUUCAGCGUUCCUGUUAGAGCCACUGUACGCACAGUGGUUGCUAUGUGGAACAUUCUUUAACUCACUUGACUGGCAAACAGUUCAGUGCAUACGUGCUUGGCAAACAGAUUGGGAGAGAGUUUUGUUGCUGUUAAAGGCUUACAGUGGACUUCCAUGGUCCACUAUAUGUGAACCACUUGUGUGGAGACAUCCAUCAUCAGAUGUAAUUUAAAGCAGGUGCACUUUCAUGUAUUGUGGCCUCAAGAAGUGCAGCACGGAUUCUAGUUUAGAUCCAAUGAGUAGUUCUUGGUUUUUCCCCUCACUAUUCAGAAGUGCCUGACACAGUCAAUACACUGAGGCCUGUAUGCUGUCAGGAUUUAGAUUACAAGCUUUCUUGCUGUUUAGUGCUGCAGUGAUCAGCAGGGCAAUCUAGCUUGCUUUUGUACCCUGUUGCCAUUGCUGCCAGUGGGGAUGUCUGUCUCUCUUCAUUUAAUACCUUUGUUUUUGAAACUAGAAAACUGUAUCAAAUUGCAUUUUUAAAAAGGUUGUCCAGAUGAUCUUUGAGCAUUUCUUUAAUAUUCUAGCAGGCCUCUAUAGUUGGAUCUAAGCUAGCAGACGUUAUUCUAAUAUAUGCCUUCCAGAGGUAUUAUCUAUAUGUCCUAAAUAAAUGAACAGUACUCUUCGUUCCCUGGUAAAAGCUGUCUAACAGUUCCCACCAGCUAAAUUGGAGCUGACAAAUUAAAAAGGCCAUCUAAUUUUGUAUAGGACUCUGAAUUCCUUUGUCUUUGAAGUGCAUGAGUAAUUUGCCAAAGCAAAAAGUUAAAUGCAAGUGCAUCAUAAGCUUCUACUUUUCUUCCCAAAAGCAAGCUAGCAACCUAAAUCUGCCCUUAAGAAGCAUUAUGUGUACACCUUAAGCACUUACGCAGUAUGUGCUUUUAUCUUCAUUUGAAAACUGGAAUACUAGACAUGAGAGGAUUUCAUGACUGUGUAUUAACACAUAUCAGUGUUGUAGUUUAUACCAGUGAGGAGCCGUUUAAAAAUGGCCUAAUGGUCAGACUAGGCUUGCUCAGGCAUUUCAGUAAUUCUGAAUGUUUUCGUCAAAUGUACAGGGUCAUACAAAGACAACAAUUUAUAAACAGUGGUGUGAGUUCCAGCAGUGGAGCUUUGUGGUUGUUUCACCAGACAUCUGGCACUACAUAUGAAUGAUAGUGUAGCACAUGAAGCUGCAAAGGUUUCACUUUAUGGGUUGGGGAUGUGAUGGGUCCCCAACUGAAGCAACCUCUUGAUGGCAGAUCCCCUUAAUAAAAUAUCUAAGCAUAAUUGACCUUGAAGAUACUUGGCUAUUUCAUUUUAUAUCUUAAAUGAACAUUCAGGGUAUCAGACCAAGAUGACCCAGUAUGUUCAGUUCAAUAUGGUUUAAAUCUUCUAGCUGUAAAGCAGAGGAGGUGGCUGUUGACAUUUUGACAGCAGUAUGCAAUUUGUAAUAUACAUGUUUCUUACAUAUAUCUACAUGCAUAUAUAGAUGAAUGAACUCAAGUCUGUCCAGAGUUUGUUAUACUUGUGUUAGAUUAUAGUGCAGCUGGACUAUAUCAAUAUAUUUAUUGAGUGCUGAGCCAUCCUCAUUUUGGUGAUGGUGAUAAAUUUUGCAUAUUAUGCAGGAGUGCUAUCUGUUUCUUUUAGAUUAUCGAGGCUUGAUUGCUGUGAUUUUAUACAAAACAACCCCUGUUAGUGUAUGUGAUAAGCAGCCACAGCAGGUAUGUAGUCUGUGGAUAUAAUUGAGUGUUGCCUAGGGCAAGUAAAACACAGCCAUAGGCAAAUAACUGUGUAGUUUGCUUGCCAGGUUUGGCAGCUAAUGAGAAAGACUACCUUUGCUAUAAAUAGUAAUAUUUCCCUGCAUUAUAAACUCUGCAGUAUUUUUACUAAAGAGGUUUAAGUGGACCUGAGCAAGUCAAGUUUGAAUACAUUUUCCCCAUAAGAGGAGUAAGCAAUGUCCAGACCAUAUGGUAGUGUCCUGAAUGGCAAAUAUUUCAUAAAUAUUUGGGUUAAGGACAGAAUGACUUUAUAUUAGUGGAAUCAGUAUUGUGAAAAAUUGUGGGUCUUCAAUAGCUAAGUUUUAAUGUUGGAUAUUUUUCAACAAAGUGUAGCCAAAGCUUUUCCAGGGAGCUCUAUUAAACAUCUUCAGUCUUUUCCCAAGAGGUAGAAAAUGCCGCUUAAUUGUACAGAGUAAUCAGCUUCAUUAUUUUUGAUGGGUUCUGGGGUGUUUAUUGCAUUUUAAACUAGCAGUGAUGGGGAAAAGGUUAAGUAGAACAUUCUCAUGGGAAGGAAACUACCCUGGGACACACAGGUAUUUUCACAAAAUGCUUUCUUCUCCCCUCAAAUAGCAGCUUUUUAGCAUUUGCCAGUUCAUCUGAGCUUUAAGCUAACUCUGCUGAAGACAUUGGAACUGCUGCUGCUUCUGCUCAGAUAAUUGUCAAACAGAUCUAACGUUAACUUCAUGUCUCAAUUCCAUCUGUAAAUGUAUUAGCAAAAUAUUUGUACCUGGCAAUGAACAGGACUGAUACUGGCAAAUUAGACCCAAAUAUUUUUCACCUAAUUUGCUGAUCACAUCAGUAUUGCAGCCAGUGUUCCAGAAUGGUUGCACUGAAGUCUCUGAGAACUUGGCUGAAUGGGCCAGGCAUAACUUCUGCAAGCACAGUUGCUGACGUUUGUAUCUGGUUCCCCUUUUAAAUGAUUUUAAGAAGUUUUGUAUAUGGAGGAUAAAGUGCUUAUAUAUUUAUUAAAGAUCCUUUUAUCUUAUUUGAAAUUAUUUGGUAAAGAAGGUUUUUCUUUUCUUCUGAGGGGUGAACUUUAGUAGUGGGGGUGGGGGGAAGGUUAUUUUUAAUCUUUAACUUAACAGUAAAACCCUUGUUGAGCAUGCAGCUUGGUACUGAUCAUGACUGGCAGGAUGGCUCUCUGUUGUAUGCUUUGUACAUGACAUGUCCAUGUCUUACACGUUCUGUUACUUAACAUAUUUAGUCAUCUGUUUUCAACCAAAACUAAACUUUAAAAAGAAAACUGUGAUUUUUUUUCUUUGCAAUACAUUUUGAGAUUUCAAAAGGGUACUUUGGGGUUCCAGAUUAGGAUUUUUAAGUCAGUAUGUGCAUUUCACGUAUGUUAAUGGUGAGCAAAGUAUUAUAUACUAACUAGAUUUUUUUCCACAUCUGUAUAGUAUAUUCUAUGUAUUUUGUGGUAUUGAGAUUAUAGAAAGUUUAGUGUCUGAAAUAUGCGUUUAAUGUGUAUUUUUAAACAAAUUUAUGGCAAUUAAAUAUUUGGAAAAAAGGGUAUCACAUUUCAAUUUGUAAAGAUCUUUUUAACUACUGUGUCAAAAUGCUUUGUACAAUGCAAAACUGUAACUGGAGAAACUAAGUUUAAUAAAUAUCAGAUAGAUUUUCUGUAUUAAACUUUAUAAGCACUG